AAACUACUUGUCUCCAACACUCUUCAUCCUACGACGACGUUCUCUUUCGUUUCCGCUCCCACCAUGAAAGUUGUUCUCUUUGCGUCCGCCGUGGCUCUGAUUUCUGGGGCCUAUGCGCAAGAUUUCACUAUUAACACACCUGGAAGUUUGACGGAGUGCCAGCCUGUUCUUCUCCAAUGGACUGGUGGAACUCCCCCUUACUUUUUGAGUGUCUACAACUCUGGGGCUCCUUCCACUAAUGCAGAGACUCUGACGACGACUAACAGCACCAGCUUCACUUGGACCGUGAACAUUGCCUCUGGCCAAAGCAUUGGUUUCAAUAUCGUUGACAAUACUGGUGCCGAAAAGCAGAGCGCCGCCGUUCCGAUCCAAGCCGGGUCUUCGACCAGCUGUGUUGGUCAGUCUGUCAGUGGUUCCGCCGGAGCCACAACUACUGCUGCUUCUACUGGAUCUGGAUCUGCUUCCACCACAGGAUCUGGUUCUUCGUCAACCACUGCCAAGUCAACUGGUAGCUCCUCUGGAAGUCCUUCAACCACUAGCGCUGCCGGUUCUUCCACCACUUCCUCUUCUUCUAAUGGAGCUUCUUCCCAAGCUGCUCAGCUCGGCGCUGCCGGAUUUAUUGGUGCUGCUAUUGCCGCUCUCCUUGCUUAAGCAGACCCAACAUAUGGCCAUGUAGCUGGUCGGACUCUUUCUUGUUGCCUGUUCAAGUUGGCCCUCAACAACAAGUAUCGUUGCCUCCGUUUUAAUCUUUUUCAUUACGAACUCUCGUCGAAUUAUACUUUACUCUUUGAGUUGUUUAGCAUUCUACUUAGGAUAAUUCCACUACAUUCUCACUACCCGUGGUUAGAGCAUUCUCGACAAUAUGGGCUGCUCUUUGCUCAGUUUCCUGUGUCGGCGUGGCUAUCUUUCAAUGACAUUCGUUCUUUUUGGUGGAAUCAACUUGUCUU